UCCACGGAGCAGCCUUCCCAAUAAUCUCUACCCACAUUUCCACGACGGAGCCACUCCGUAACUCGGUGCCCUCCCUGCUUUUUUUUCUCCUUCCCUCCACUCGUCCAAACAAGCAGAAGCAGGAUUCGCUCCCGCUCGUCGUGUGGCGAAGAGCAGAUAUCGUCGUUGCAUUUCCCUGGGACGUUUUAAGCGUGUCUUCUUGACGCCGGAGAGCUCCGUGAAGGAGUUAUUUCCCGCCCGUGGAAGAUGGGUUCCGUCCCAGUGAUAUCAGCUCUGCUUUUGGCCGUCGUGGUGCCAUCGUUGGCCGGAUACAUCGAGGCGCUGGCAGCCAACGCGGGCACCGGGUUUGCCGUGGCCGAGCCACAGGUGGCCAUGUUCUGCGGCAAGCUCAACAUGCACGUCAACAUCCAAACGGGCCGCUGGGAGCCGGAUCCGUCCGGGACCAAGAGCUGCGUGGGCACCAAGGAGGGCGUGUUGCAUUACUGCCAGGAGAUGUACCCAGAGCUCCAGAUCACCAACGUGGUGGAGGCCAACCAGCCGCUGCGCAUCGAGAACUGGUGCCAGAAGGAGAAGAAGGUGUGCAAGGGGCACGCCCACACCGUGGUGCCUUACAAAUGCCUCGUGGGCGAGUUUGUGAGCGACGUGCUGUUGGUUCCAGAGAAGUGCAAGUUCUUCCAUAAGGAGCGUAUGGACCUGUGCGCCAGCCACCAGCAGUGGCACGGCGUGGCCAAGGAGGCGUGCUCCACCAGCAAGACGGUGCUGCACAGCUACGGCAUGCUGCUCCCGUGCGGCACCGACAAGUUCCACGGCACCGAGUUCGUUUGCUGCCCGGCCUCCCGUGCCGAGGAGUCGGCCGACUCCACCCAAGAGGAGGAGGAAGAAGACAUGGAGGAUGAGGAGAUCGACGAGGCCGAGUUGGAUGAAGAGGACGACACCCUCCGCGAGGACAGCGAGGCCCUGUCCAACGAGCAACCCACGCAGAAAGAGGAACCCCUGGAUGAGGAGGAUGAGGACGAGGAAGAAGAGGAGGAUUACCACUAUGUGUACGAGGAUGAGGAGGCUGAUAAGGAGGAAGACGAUAAGCGAGACAGCAGCAGAAUGUCGGACAGCCGCGAGGACCAAGACAAGACUCUGCAAGAAGUCAAAGCCGUGUGCACCCUGGAGGCGGACACGGGCCCCUGCAGGGCCUCCAUGCCCCGCUGGCACUUUGACCUGAGCCAGAGGAAAUGUGUGCGCUUCAUCUACGGAGGCUGCGCCGGAAAUCGCAACAACUUUGACUCGGAGGAAUACUGCAUGGCCGUCUGCAAGCGACUCGCCACACCCCCGACGCCUCAGCCCGCCGACGACGUGGACAUCUACUUUGAGACGCCGGCAGACGACAAGGAGCACAGUCGCUUCCAGAAGGCCAAGGAGCAGCUGGAGAUCAGGCACCGCAACCGCAUGGAGAGGGUGAGGAAGGAGUGGGAGGAGGCCGACCACCAGGCCAAGAAUCUGCCCAAGGCCGAGAGACAAACUUUGGUCCAGCACUUCCAGGCUAUGGUGGAGUCACUGGAGGAGGAAGCCGCCAGCGAGAAGCAGCAGCUGGUGGAGACCCACCUGGCCCGAGUGGAGGCCAUGCUGAACGACCGGCGCCGUCUGGCCCUGGAGAACUACCUGGCGGCCCUGCAGGCGGACCCACCCAGGCCGCACCGCAUCCUGCAGGCCCUGCGCCGCUACGUGCGUGCCGAGAACAAGGACCGCCAGCACACCAUCCGCCACUACCAGCACGUCCUGGCCGUCGACCCCGAGAAGGCAGCUCAGAUGAAGUCGCAGGUGAUGACUCACCUCCAUGUGAUCGAGGAGAGGAUGAACCAGAGUCUGUCCCUACUCUACAAGGUCCCCUACGUGGCCGAGGAGAUCCAGGAUGAAAUCGAUGAGCUGCUCCAGGAGCAGAAAGCCGACAUGGACCAGUUCCUGUCGUCCAUCUCCGAGUCACAACCUGAUGUCACCGUGUCGUCGGAGGAGAGCGCCGAGGUGCCCGUCGCGUCCGAGGGGAAACCCUACCGGCCCAUCCAGGUCACUUCUUUAGGUUCCCGCCCGGAACCAGAAGGCGACCUGUCCGACCCGCCGCGAGCGUUCAAGAAAGGCUCUGCCGUGUCCGGCCUGGACGGGCUGAUCGGUGCUGAGGAGAGACUGAUCAACAGCAAGACCAAGAUGGGACCCAACGUGGUGAUUGAUGAGUCUCUGGAUGUUAAAGAAGUUGUUUACAGUGCAGAGAGAAUCCGCGUUAUGCAUGAUGAUGAGCUGGAGACCUACAGGCCCCUGGGCGAGGACUUCAGCUUCAGCAGCAGCGUUCUGAUCGGGCUGCUGGUGAUCGCGGUCGCCAUAGCGACGGUGAUCGUAAUCAGCCUGGUGCUGCUGCGGAAGAGGCAAUACGGCACCAUCAGCCACGGCAUCGUGGAGGUGGACCCGAUGUUGACGCCGGAGGAACGCCACCUGAACAAGAUGCAGAACCAUGGCUACGAGAACCCCACCUACAAAUAUCUGGAGCAGAUGCAGAUCUGAGCCUACAGGGGGCGCCGUGGCAGCGCAUACUACUGACCAAGAAUUCCAUGAUGAGAUAAUGACCAUAACAAUGCUGUUGUUCCACUCAUUUGCAAAUAUCCAAAACAACACUUCUUCUUUUUUGCAUUGUUGAUUACAAGGAGUUCUUUCUCUUGCCGUUUCCACUAGGUUGGAUCCAUUUUUUUUUUUUUUAGACGUGAUUCAAAAGCAGUUUUUUAUGCAAACACCGCUGUUUUCUCUGUAUUUUUCUCCUUGAUAGCUUAAUUGUAAAUGAAGGUUAUUUGUACUGAUUCAAAUGUAUCAUGAAACAACGGAUGCGAGUGGGGGGGGGGAGACAUUUAUUUACAGAUAUAAAUAUUAUAAGAUGGCAAUAUAUAUCUUGCCAUUGGCUGACAGGCCCACAGACAAACACCAUAAAAAAUGGAUGGAUUAUAUAAUAGAAAGGUAUAUUUGCAGCUCUGGGAAAAGGAAAUAAACCACUGAAAAAUUGCUCUUAAGAAUUCAAUAAUUCAAUUAAAAAUCAAGUAAAUACAUUCUUAAAAAUUUAAUGCAAAUAUAUCGUACUUUGAGGGGGAAAAAAAUAAAGACUACUGAACCAUACUCGUGCAGUUAUUCUUUCGCUUACCACUAGAGGAAGCCUUUGUAUCUUUUUUUUUUUGUGGCGGUAGUCUCAACUUUUUCCAGAGCUGUAUUUGCAAGCUACUAAUGUUGGGGAAGCUCUUAAACAUUUUCAACAUUAAUCAUUUCAAUUUUUUAAUGCAGUGAGGAGAAAAACGUUUUAGCAGGGUUUCCUGCCGUUCUUUCCGAGAUUGAAUGUAAAAUGAAAUGUUCCCAUUUAGAUUGUGAUAGGGAUUGAUUUUAAGCUCAUCAGAAGCAAAAUUCGGUUGCUUUCAAUCAUUUCGUUUUUUGCAUGGGGAUUUGGAUUUUUUUUUUUUUUCGGGCUUUUUGCAAACUUUUCCUACUCGAGCCUCCCAUUUUACAAACGUGGUUCCUCCCCAUUAAAACACAGCAUGAACAAAUGAUGUACAUAAACAGAGAUCUACGACGACUCGAUAAUCAAAGCUUAAACAUUUGUCACCAAAGCUUCAAAAACCCUGAAAACUAAACUAGGCUUCCUUUUCCCCCUCUGCUCUCUUUGUAUAGUUGCUGUUGCAAUCAUGUUUUUUUCUUUCCAGAGGACUUUUUUCUGUGCUGGUGUGCAUUGUUCUGAUACAUAAAAUGAUGUUCUACAUAGAAAUAUAUAUAUCUAUUUUACAUUUCUUUUUCUAUUUGUUUGUUCUUCUUCUUGUGACAGUACCGUAGCUCUGUACGUCUCACUAUGCACCCCUGAGAAAAAAAAAAAAACAGCUUCGGUCUUGUAACUAUACGACUGCCUGUUUGAUUGUGUGGCGAGACAACACAGACACACAUGGCUAAAAUAUGCUGUAUUUCAUUUGUAAUAUUAUUAUUAGUCAUCAGAGAGUGGCGUUAACAAGCAGUUUUGUGGUAAAGGGGACAACAUGUUGUCAAUAAAGUCACAACUUCCA